CAUUCAUUCAUUCAUGAAAUGACUUUGAAAGCGGGUGGAAGUGUUGUCUUCUGUUUAUAUUAAACACUUUUGUUUUUUCUACUUUAUCCAGUGUAAGUGCCAGUGUCUUCAAUAGAAAACAAUAGCGGAAAGUUUUCUUGUAAUCUUGGGGCCCAAAUUAGCUGGACGAAGAUAAUCACGUGAAUCAGCAUAAUGAUUCCUAGAAAUAUGAAUAUUGUCGGGGUCUUCGCUUUUGCGUUGAUGCUGGGCCAGUCGUGGGACACUUCUGCGGAACUGUUCACUGCAAUAUCCGACGUAGAAUACCUUCUAGAAACACAUAAGAAAAUUAUUGAUGAUCUCGACUUGUACAUAGAAAAGGAGGAGAGAAGACUGGGAAAAUUAAAAAGAGAUCUAACGCUGUACAAAUUAGAACAUGAAAAGGCUAUGGAAGAUAUACCGAACUACUUAGGAAAUCCUAUUAACGCAUUUACACUAAUCAAAAGACUGACUUCGGAUUUAGAUACAGUUGAGAAGAACAUCAAGAUGGGUACAGAAUACAUAAAGAACAUAACUUCUAACCGGCCAGGAGUCAAGUAUCCAACCAAUGAGGAUCUAACCGGCGCCGCGCAGGCGCUCACCCGGCUCCAGACCACCUACCAUCUGGACACCAGGGACUUGUCCGAGGGGAUACUGAACGGUGUGUCUUACAGUACCCCCAUGUCCACCAGUGACUGCUACGAGCUGGGCCGCGCCCUCUACAGUAUGAAAGACUACAAGAACGCGCUCGGUUGGAUGAUGGAAGCUCUACGGAAGUAUAGGGAAGACGAAGAGCUGUCUUUCACGAAGAUCGAUAUCAUUGAAUAUAUCGGGUUUGCGCACUAUUUGUUGGACGACGUAAAGUCCGCCAUGGAAUGGACCAAGCGCCUGCUAGAGCUGGACCCGGAGCACGACCGCGCGCUCGGGAACGUGCCGCACUACGAGAAGUCACUCGCAGAGGAGAAGCACAACUUGAACAAGAAACGACGAGGGGAAACCGGUGAAGACGAAGAAGAAGCGAACAAGCCCAAGAAGGUAUCCGGCUACCUGCAGGAGCGCAAGAACUACGAGGCUUUAUGUCGCGGGGAGAUGGAUAUACCCGCGCACAUCGCUAUGAGGUUAAAGUGUUGGUACACGACGGACAACCACCCGUUCCUGAGGCUAGCGGCCAUCAAGACGGAACAAAUGUACAUCAAGCCGGACAUCUUCAUAUUCUAUGACGUCAUGAGCGACGCGGAGAUCGAGCAUAUCAAGGAUAUGGCUAGGCCACGGUUCAAGCGCGCAGUGGUGCACGACCCGGCGACGGGCGAGCUGGUGCCGGCGCACUACCGCAUCAGCAAGUCCUCCUGGCUCAAGGACGAGGAGCAUCCUAUAGUGGAGCGUAUAUCCCGUCGGGUGACCCACAUGACACAACUGGACAUGAGAUCGGCGGAGGAACUGCAAGUGGUCAACUACGGCAUCGGAGGCCACUACGAACCACAUUAUGACUUCGCACGGAAAAGAGAAAAUGCGUUCGUUAACUUUCCCGGGAACAGAAUCGCUACAGUACUAUUCUACAUGUCAGACGUGGCGCAAGGCGGCGCCACAGUGUUCACGGAGCUAGGCCUCAGCCUGUCUCCCGUCAAGCGGGCGGCGGCUUUCUGGCUGAACCUUCAUCCUUCUGGCGAGGGCGACCUGGCGACCCGGCAUGCGGCCUGCCCCGUGCUUAGAGGGUCUAAGUGGGUAUCAAACAAAUGGAUCCACCAAGGCGGUCAAGAACUCAUCAAACCUUGCGGGACAGAGUACCAAGAGGAGGGCUACAUUCACAAAGUGGCCAAGCCCGUGCCGAAGACAUCCAGGUAGUUAAACCUCUUUCUACGCAUCCUCCUUGCAAAUAAUCCGUAAAAAAGUUUAAGACAUUGUACCAGCCAGUGCGUAGAGAUAAAUACUCCUUUUGAACUGCCGUCGAAUCCGUAAAAUAGGGAAUAUGCAUAAUU